AUGGCCAAAAAACAGCAAAUUCCCAGUGACAACAUUAUCAAUCUUGGCUCCUUGAUUGAGCUCAAGCUUGUUGAUAUCCUCCAAGAUGGGCGACGUCAGACAGAGCUUCCGAGCUCUUAUGUUGUCGAGGUUCGCCGCAAAACGGACGGCACACGGCCCAGCAGAAGCGCUGGCAGGUGUGUCUUGAAGACAUUCCCCAGAGACAAGAAAAACCAAGAAAUCUUCCGCCACGAAGCUCAGGCAUACUCCAAGCUCACGGGAGAUGUCACUUACAAUAGCGCUCAAGACGCCGCCGAUGCGCUGUUCGACACGCUUUCUGCGCUCAAGCCCAAGAACGGCUGGCCUCGCUGCCUGGGAUACGUGGCGGUGCCAGCCAGCAUGGGUGAGUACGAGUUUGAAUGGACAGACAUGGCCGAGGCGGCGGCGGCCAAGGGCCAGACGCAGAAUGCGCUGUUGCUCGAAUACAUCCCAGGCCUGGAGCCCCUCAAAUUCGACAUGCUGGAUGAGACUCUGAUCAAGGACGUCUUGGAUGUCCUUGCCCAGCUGCAGGAAGAAGGCAUCCACCACCGCGCCAGCACCAACCCGGCUGUAUGGCCCAAGCCUGGGAUUCGCAACAUCUACGUUCGGUACUCCAAGCCCGGUGCCAGAGGUGUGCCUUUUGUUGCCAACUUUGGAAAUGCCCUGGUGCUGGGCGACAGCGCCAGAGAGCAGCUCCAGAUGGGAGGGGAGGAACUUGAGUUCCACCUGCGACGAGGCAUGGAGGGCAAGCUGCUGGUGGAUGAAGUGCCGAGGGAAGUUCAGGUUCUCCUUGCUGAUGCUGCGUAA